GAGAAAAUCGCACAUCACCAAGCAACUCUGUUGCGAUAUCUUUUAAUGUGUGUUCAUGUUUUGAGAAAGUACCCGGCAGUAGUUGUCCACUUGACGCUACUAAAUGUGUUGCUUUCUAGAUGCUAUCAAGCUAGCUGGCUAGCUUCCAACGCCUUGUUCAGCGUAACUAGCCUAGAUUUGCAGCUAACAACUUUGGUCUCUGUAGAUUGUCGACUAGCUUGCUAAUAAGUUAACAUUUUUAAAUAAAUCGCAUGAAGAUCCCCGUGUGCACAAACAUAGCAUUAACUUAAACCUAUUUUGGGCUGAGGUUGAGUUGGCAAGCUUACUAGCUGUAUUUUAAACUCAAUUCAAAUUACAUCAAUAGUGCACCAAUUUGUGACAAUGACAUGCGUUUGCCAUUAUGGACAGUAGUACUACAGAAGUGGAAAGGGACGAGUUCAUUUGAAAGGCACCAUGUUCGCUAAACUUACUCUGAGUUAGUGAUUUGUUUUGUACGUCCUGUAAGCAAAGUUCCUGCCUCAGGUUCCGUGGAGGCAGGCUGCUUGAAAACAAGAAGUUUCAGGACCAGAGUCUGACAUCUAACGUUACCGCAGGACCGCCAAGCAGAGGAACGCACAUGUGCGGUGUUUGCCCGUCGCUUCGGGCCGAGCGCCAUGCCUGGUCGGGACGGAGGUGCUGGCGGAAGCAGCGGGCCAGGAGCGGGCACCAGCGUGGGUGAAGAGGCCGGUGUUGGGGGGAACGUCGGAGCAGCGGGACCCGGCGGCACUGGGUCUGCUAAUUUAUCAGUGAACACAAAUAUGGGAGGUGGUGGGGUGCUGGGGAACGGGAACAACUGCGGGGGGCCGGGACCCGGCAUGGAAGACGUGUGUAGGGACUUUCUGCGCAACGUUUGCAAACGGGGAAAGCGCUGCCGUUUCCGGCACCUCGACUACAACGAGGCGCCGGACGUGGGAGCACAGAAGAACGAGUUCGUUUUCUGCCACGACCACCAGAACAAGGAGUGCACUCGGCCGAACUGCCGCUUCGUGCACGGCUCCAAGGAGGACGAGGACUACUACAAGCAGACGGGCGAGCUGCCACCGAGGCUGCGGGGCAGGGUGGCGGCGGGGCUCGGCCUGUCCCCCACGGAGCUCCCCUACAGCCGGGGCGACGUGCCCAUCUGCCGCGACUUCCUAAAGGGCGAGUGUCAGCGGGGAAACCGGUGUAAGUUCCGGCACGUUCAGAAGGACUGUGACUACGAGCCGGUUAGGGUGGGGGCGGGCGGGGGCAUAGGGGUGGGAAUGGCGAGUGCGGGUGGAGUCGGGGGAGUCGGCGGGCCUGGGGUGGGCAUGUCAGGUUACGUUGGGGGUGGAGGGGGCGGGAGCAUGAUGGGGAUGGGGUGCCAGACUUUGGGCGGCUACAGAGACCCAGGAGUCUCGGUUGGGGGGGUGGGGGUGGGUGGAAUGGGAGGGUGUUUCUCCAUGGGCCCCCCCGGACCCAGGCGGUUCGAACGGGGCCCCUGCUCGCCCUACGACCCUGUGUUCGAGGCGGGGGUGUAUGAGGGCGGGUCCCUGGAGACCCCAAUGGACCCUGCCCUGCAGCUGAAGCGACGGCGGAUGGAAGGGAUGCGAUUGGCUGACGGGUGCACAGCCACCUAUGACUUCGGGCUGCAGGCCACGCCCCUGCCCCGCCCCGUGGACUACAGGCUGCUGGAGGAGGAGAAUGCCCUGCUGAGGAAGAGGGUGGACGAGCUGAAGAAACAGGUCUCCAACCUUGUGGCCACCAACGAGGUGCUCCUGGAACAGAACGCGCAGUUCCGCAGCCAGGCCAAGGUGCUGUCGCUGUCCUCAUCCCCGGCCCCCUCCGAGCAGAGUCUGGCGCCCCCUGUGGGCGCGGUGAGCUCCUACAACCACGGUAUCGCGCAGACGCACACCACGCUGAGCAGCGCUGGGCUCCCCCCCCGGGCCCCGGCCCCGCAGGACCCCACCGCCCCCCCCUCCAACGCUGCCCCGCCAACCCAGCCCCCGCCCCACCUCAAUCCCGAAAUCACGCCGCUCUCGGCCGCCCUGGCCCAGACCAUUGCCCAGGGCAUGGCCCCGCCCGUCUCCAUGGCGCCUGUGCCGGUUUCCGUGGCGCCAGUGGCCGUCUCCAUGGCCCAGCCCAUGCCAGGGAUCACCAUGAGCCACGCCACCUCCCCCAUGGUGUCUUACCCAAUUGCCAGCCAGAGCAUGAGGAUCAGUGCCCUGCCACACUGACUCCCAGCCCUACAGCACCCCCUAUAGCCCUGCUCCCCUACAGCUGUGAAGCUCUGACUCCCAGCCCUGCUCCCCUACAGCUGUGAAGCUCUGACUCCCAGCCCUGCUCCCCUACAGCUGUGAAGCUCUGAUUCCCAGACCUGCUCCCCUACAGCUGUGAAGUUCUGACUCCCAGCCCUGCUCCCCUACAGCUGUGAAGCUCUGACUCCCAGACCUGCUCCCCUACAGCUGUGAAGCUCUGUCUCUCAGCCCUGCUGCCCUUCAGCUGAAAAGAUUGCCUAACUUUACUUUACUCCCCUAUUGAACCUGGACCCCCUUGUUUUGAGGAUCACCCUGCUGAAGUCAGACCUCAUAUUCAACACAAACUCCCGUUUUGCGAGCCGUUGAUUCCCACUCUUUGGUUGAGCUGCAGGUGUGGGGGCAGGUGCAGGGGGGACCUACACUGGACGGAGGACUGAUUUGGGGUCAUGCCCUAAAGGCUGCUGUGACCCAGCCGCCAUUUUGUCUCACAGGUACCAAGCGGUGCGAGUUACUUUGAACUUUAAACUCUGCAGCAAGAGAUGGAGAUGGACAUUGAUGAGACCACAGAAACACAAUGCAGAAACUUGGGAUUUGGGGUUGUUAAAAAUACAGAAAAACGGCAGUGUGUUGGGUUAAGUAUACUUAAAAUUACAGAAAAACUGUUUGGGGAGAAAAGGUUGGUGUUUUGGUUACUUAGACAUACAGAAAAAUGUGUUGGGUUAAGGUUAGAUUUGUAUAUGCAGAAACAGAGCAGAUAGUUGAAAAUUGGCUGCUGUUUUAAUGUUUGUUCUUGUUUCUCCUCUUUGACCUUGUAAUGCCCUUCCUACAUAAACGUUCUUGAUGUUAAGCAACAAA